AUGGCGGCCCUUCCCGGCACCGUCCCCAGGAUGAUGCGGCCGGCGCCCGGGCAGAACUACCCGCACGGCUUUCCUCUGGAAGUGUCCACACCACUUGGCCAAGGCCGGGUCAAUCAGCUUGGCGGGUGUCUUCAUCAACGGGCGACCCUGCCUAACCACAUCCGCCACAAGAUAGUGGAGAUGGCCCACCAUGGCAUCCGGCCCUGUGUCAUCUCCCGCCAGCUGCGUGUCUCCCAUGGCUGUGUCUCCAAGAUUCUCUGCCGCUACCAGGAGACCGGGUCCAUCCGGCCUGGGGCCAUCGGAGGCAGCAAGCCCAGACAGGUGGCGACUCCGGAUGUGGAGAAAAAGAUCGAGGAGUACAAGAGGGAAAACCCAGGCAUGUUCAGCUGGGAGAUCCGAGACCGGCUGCUAAAGGAUGGGCACUGUGACCGCAGCACGGUGCCCUCAGUGAGUUCGAUUAGCCGCGUGCUCAGAAUCAAGUUCGGGAAGAAAGAGGAGGAGGAUGAAGCGGACAAGAAGGAGGAGGACGGCGAGAAGAAAGCCAAGCACAGCAUCGACGGCAUCCUGGGAGACAAAGGGAACCGGCUGGACGAGGGCUCGGACGUGGAGUCGGAACCCGACCUCCCUCUGAAGCGCAAGCAGCGUCGAAGUCGGACCACAUUCACGGCCGAGCAGCUGGAAGAGCUGGAGAAGGCCUUCGAGAGGACUCACUACCCGGACAUCUACACCCGCGAGGAGCUGGCGCAGAGGACCAAGCUGACGGAGGCGCGUGUCCAGGUCUGGUUCAGUAAUCGCCGCGCCCGUUGGCGGAAGCAGGCAGGAGCCAACCAGCUGGCAGCGUUCAACCACCUUCUGCCAGGGGGCUUCCCGCCCACCGGCAUGCCCACGCUGCCCCCCUACCAGCUGCCGGACUCCACCUACCCCACCACCACCAUCUCCCAAGACGGGGGCAGCACCGUGCACCGGCCCCAGCCUCCCCCGUCCACCAUGCACCAGGGGGUGGCCGCCGCGGCCGCCGACACCGGUUCUGCCUACGGAGCCCGCCACAGCUUCUCCAGCUACUCGGACAGCUUCAUGAACCCGGCGUCGUCCAACCACAUGAACCCCGUCAGCAACGGCCUGUCUCCCCAGGUGAUGAGCAUUCUGAGCAACCCCAGCGCCGUGCCACCGCAGCCGCAGGCCGACUUCUCCAUCUCCCCGCUGCACGGCGGUCUGGACUCGGCCACGUCCAUCUCGGCCAGCUGCAGCCAGCGGGCCGACUCUAUCAAGCCGGGAGACAGCCUGCCCACCUCCCAGUCCUACUGCCCGCCCACCUACAGCACCACCGGCUACAGCGUGGACCCCGUGGCUGGCUACCAGUACGGCCAGUACGGCCAGACUGCUGUUGAUUACCUGGCCAAAAACGUGAGCCUCUCCACACAGCGUCGCAUGAAGCUUGGGGAACAUUCUGCUGUGCUGGGACUCCUGCCUGUGGAAACUGGCCAGGCCUACUAGGGACCCUGGGGCGACUUGCCCCAGACCAAGUCCCAGCCCAAUCCUUACUGAUCCCUGAGCCUCCCAGCCUCAGCCCUUUCAUUACCCUGGGGUCUCAGGAGGCCAGGAAAGGAGCCCAUUCCCUUCUCGUAGCCAGCCCUCUGGAGAUGUGCAGCCAGUCUACCGUUCACCUGUGUUUAGGAACCCAGAGCAACCCCCUUGGAGUCUGCCCCUCCACUCUCUCUCCAGGAGGGUUUCUGUCAGCCUGCAGCCAUUCC